UGGUAGUUUUGGUCUAAACCCCUCCCGUUCUCUGCUACGAACCACUUUACCGGACAAAAGACUUGAGCAAUAAGGAAGGGAAAAGGAAGCAUCGACAAAUAUUUGGCUGGAUUUACUGCGAGAGAGGCCAAACGCCUCAAUUAUACAUCACCAUGUCCGAAUUCAACGGCCGCAGCGCCCCGAAUUUCUCCGAAUACCUCCAGGACUUGAAUGCAAUUCCAUCGCAAUACGACCUCGCCAACCAGCAGCAACAGGAAACCUUCAAUAUUGAUUCUGAAUUAUCCCUGUUUACAAACACCGAGUUCUUUGACUUCGACAAGCUCGGGGAUUUGAAAAUUCCGUCGUUUGAGCCCGUGGAGGAAACCGAGCAGAAUGCCUCUCGGAAUUCUGAUAUGGAAUUUCUGGACCUCCUAGGUGAGGGAUUUGGCAACGUAAACGACUUUCAGUCCCCCGAUGUGAACUCGAUGAACAAUUCCACCAUGUCUACGCAAAACAACCAGUUAUCAGUCAUGCCAUCCAUGCCGAACAGACUCGCUGAUAAUCAUGUCUCACCGAACUCGUCCUCCUCAACUACCUCUCCAGCAUCCAUCACGUCGGCCUCCCAGCCUCCCGCCCCUGCUCCUGCUUCUACCGCCGUUACGGGGUCCCUUGCUACAGGACCGAAGCGCAAGAACACGCAGAAGACACCUAUCAUGAGUGUGGAGGAGGCUGCGCGAGUCGCCGCGGAAGAGGAUAAACGUCGUCGCAAUACUGCUGCUAGCGCCAGAUUCCGAGUGAAGAAGAAGCUCCGGGAACAAGCGCUGGAGAAUACUGUUAAGGAGACCUCCGAAAAGAAUGCUGCCCUUGAGGCGCGUGUGACCGCGCUGGAGCUCGAGAACCAGUGGCUGAAGAACCUGAUCACAGAGAAGAACGGCAAGUCAGCCGAGGAAGGAAAGAAGGCCGAGACCAACAUCACAGACAUGUUUAAGAGGUUCCUCGCAGCACAGAGGGCUAACGCUGAGAGGAGUAGCGGCGAGUCCAAGAUCGGAGUUGGAACUGCAUGAUGCGUCUAAGAGAAGAAAAAAAAAAAGGAAAAAAAAAAAAGAGAGAGUGUGUGAAGGAUAAUGGUUGCUGUUUUGGCUUUCCGCGUAAAUUUAGCCUUGAGAUCACUGUCCAUAUUAUUGUCUUUAAUUUUUCGAGGUGACGAAGGCGUCUCACAGCACAAGUUUGGUGGGAGGCAUGAGUGAUGAUUACCAUGAAUGCAGAUAGCAGACUCGGCAGUCUGUACG